CCGGCGCCCAUUGUCGGCAUCGGCAAGGAACAGGAUCCUUCGGCAUCCUACAUGCAAGCGCACACUGAUGGAAACUAUGCUUUGGCAUGCUGCAACGUUCUUAGGGAUGACGAGGCGUCCUUUAGCAUGCCGCACCGUCCUGUAGCUUGCCGAAGCGUCUCAAUAUCGUAUUUCUCGUCAAAACAGUUUCAGAGUUGUUACAAGCUAGUUGUGUGAGUUGUAUUUAAUAUGGUGGACUGGGAUCUAGUGCUCAUAGCAGCUCUUGCUGAAGAAGAAGAGAAAUCUAAUCAAUCAAGAAGAUUUUGGGUGAACAACCUUUGGAAGCAACGAUAUACGUCCGGUGAAUUCAACAAUUUAUUCAAUGAUUUGCGUUAUGACGUGCGAAAAUUUUAUGACUACUAUAGAAUGAGUUAUGAAAAUUUUGAAAGUCUGGUUCAUUUGCUUCGACCUUUCAUGGAGAAAAAACAAUCAAAUUUUCGCACACCUAUAUCUGUUGAAGAAAGAUUGUCUGUGUGCUUGAGGUUUUUAAUCACAGGAGUCAGUUUCAAAACUUUAGCAUUCAAUUACCGAAUGGGAUUUAGUACAGUUCGUUGUAUAGUCCAUGAAACCUGCCGUGUAAUCUGGAAUAUUCUUGGCCGUAUCGUUCUGCCAAAACCAACAACAGCACAAUGGAAGAUAAUUGCUAAAGACUUUGAUGAAAUAUGGAAUUUUCCAAAUUGUAUUGGUGCCAUAGAUGGCAAGCACUUCAAGAUACGAGCUCCAAAUAAUAGUGGAAGUAUGUAUUUUAAUUAUAAAAAAUUUUUUAGUAUCGUUCUGUUGGCUGUAGCAGAUGCUAAAUACAGAUUUGUCAUUGUCGAUGUAGGUGCUUAUGGUAGAAAUAGCGACGGUGGUAUAUUAGAUCAUUCAAAAUUGGGUUUAAAAUUGCAAAACGACACCUUAAAUAUUCCUCAAAAUGUGAGCUUACGAGGAAUAACUGAAGAAUUACCCUAUGUUUUUGUUGCUGAUGAAGCAUUUCCACUAACGAAAAAUAUAAUGAGACCGUACCCUGCGAAUCAAUUGGCAAAUAUAGAGAAAAGAGUUUUUAAUUACAGACUAAGUCGAGCAAGGCGUAUUGUGGAGAGUGCUUUUGGCAUUCUUCAAUCAAGGUUUGAAAUAUUUCAGAGGAGAAUGCAAGUACAAGCAAAAUAUAUAGAUAACAUCAUUUUAGCCUGCUGUUCUUUACAUAAUUACAUCAUUAACAAUGCAACGACGGAACUUCCAAACCCACUACAGGAAAGUGACAUUUUAGAAAGUUCCGUGGAUAACAAUGUAGUUGGCGAUACCGAUAUUAUCAUGUGCGAGGGUAUGGUCAUUAGAGAUCAAUUUAAACAAUAUUUUAACUCUGAACAUGGGUCAGUUAGUUGGCAGAAUAAUAUUGUCAAUAGAUCAUAAAAUACCAACGAUCUAUAAGUCAAUGUAAUUAAUUAUAUAUUAUAUAUACUUAUACUUAUUAUAACUCAAUAAAAAAUACAAUGUUUAUGAUGCUUACUUACGUGUUUU